AGGCGGGACGGGGCGGCCGUCGUCAUGACCCUGUUCCACUUCGGGAACUGCUUCGCCCUCGCCUACUUUCCCUAUUUCAUCACGUACAAGUGCAGCGGCCUGUCUGAGUACAACGCCUUCUGGAAGUGCGUCCAGGCCGGGGUCACCUACCUCUUUGUGCAGCUAUGCAAGAUGCUGUUCUUGGCCACUUUCUUCCCCACCUGGGAAGGUGGCAUCUAUGACUUCAUUGGGGAAUUCAUGAAGGCCAGUGUGGAUGUGGCGGACCUCAUAGGCCUAAACCUUGUCAUGUCCCGGAAUGCAGGCAAGGGAGAGUACAAGAUCAUGGUUGCUGCCCUGGGCUGGGCAACUGCUGAGCUCAUCAUGUCCCGCUGCAUCCCUCUCUGGGUGGGAGCCCGAGGCAUUGAAUUUGACUGGAAAUACAUCCAAAUGAGCAUAGACUCCAACAUCAGUCUGGUCCACUACAUCAUCGCAUCGGCUCAGGUCUGGAUGAUAACACGUUAUGACCUGUACCACACAUUCCGGCCCGCUGUGCUCCUCCUGAUGUUCCUUAGUGUCUACAAGGCCUUUGUCAUGGAGACCUUCGUCCACCUCUGUUCGCUGGGUAGUUGGACAGCGCUGCUGGCCCGGGCGGUAGUGACAGGACUGCUGGCCCUCAGCACCUUGGCCCUGUAUGUUGCUGUUGUCAAUGUACACUCCUAGCCUGGCGUCCUAGGUGUUGGCACGCCUUUUCGCUGCCUCUCUCCAGAUUUUAGCUAAGUAAACCGUGUU